CGUUCAUUCAGUCACCGCCCAGGCCGCGCCGCGAGCAAUACCCCGUUGACCCCACGCACGAAUACGCACGGAAUCAACGGAAACUACCCCCGGCGAUUUCUCCGUAUCAAAAUUUCCCGCACCUUAUAAAACGAAAACCGAGUUCUAGAUAAUCAAUAAUUACCCAACGAGUGAGGAGAUAAUGCACGUACACAGCUCUGCAUGCUUGUAAAUAAUCCGAAAGAAAAAAGGAAGGCAAGGGACUGGCAGAGUUUUCAAGAAUUCGUUGUAGUUGAUUAAAACCGAGGGAGAAAUAAAAUAAAAAAAUUUGUUCAAAGUACAACAUACUAUAUAAGUGUGAAAAUUGUCUCGUGCGAGAUACGAGGGAUCUCCCGGCAGUCGUAACGUAAAGCGAAGCCCGAUCAGGGUGGUAUUUGAACAGACGAUUGUUCGUCGGAUCAGUUUUUGGUGAGAUAAAGGCAGGGUGGAGGGCAGACCUCCGCAUCCUGACGACAAGAACAGUCGCUUCCUCUGGAGGCGCUGCGAAGACAGUCAAGAUCCAUCGCGGCGAGGAGAUGUCGAAAAGUCAAGGAGGAUAAAUCUGAUAACGUCUGGAUAGGACGCAAUAAUUUUUUCAGCAGAGGACGAUCAUGACAGGAACAUUCCGGAGAUCGGUGAGUACAGAGAGUGCGGGGGAAGAUGAGGAUAGCAUCACCGGGGGCAUUGGCCCAGCUGGCGGAAAUCGUGGCGGGGGUGGAAGAGGAAGUGACGGAGUAUCGUUUCCGCUGAGAAUGGCGGCGGCGAUGAGGGCGCGCUCUGGUACCGGAGGGUUCCUCCGGGGACCCCCUUCUAACGUCAAUUUUGAUCCAGAGGCACCACCCCCGCCGCCCCUGCUCCUGCAAUCCACGAUGCAGACUACAAGCCUCUUGGAAAAACCGGAAAUCGACAAAAAAGUCAAGAGGCACAGCAUACACGGAAUGAUGGAAGAGGAAAACGUCGUACGACCUCAUCAAGAGAUGGCGAGCCUUUCCCUUGACGAAAAAAAGUACCUCUUGGCCGUUGAACGCGGUGAUAUUGCCUCGGUGAGAAGAAUGCUCCAGAGGGCCCAGGAAACCGAUUACACGAACAUAAAUUGCGUCGAUCCUUUGGGAAGAUCCGCACUCUUGAUGGCGAUAGACAACGAGAAUCUCGAAAUGGUCGAAUUGUUGAUAGAGCACAGAGUGGAUACUAAAGACGCUCUGCUUCACGCCAUCUCAGAAGAGUUUGUCGAGGCCGUCGAGGUCCUUCUUGAACACGAGGAGAGUUUCCACAGGAGUGGAGAUCCCCACGUAAGCAGCUCAGUGUCGUCAGCUUGCCGCCUGCCAAGUUGGGAGGCUCUUCCUCCUGACACGGCAACCUUCACCCCAGACAUCAGUCCUUUGAUCCUGUCUGCACACAGGGACAAUUACGAAAUCAUUAAGAUUCUGCUAGACAGAGGAGCAACAUUACCUAUGCCGCACGAUGUUCGCUGCGGCUGCGAUGAAUGCGUGACUUCGCGAAUGGAGGAUUCUUUGAGGCACUCGAGGAGCAGAAUAAAUGCAUAUCGAGCUCUGGCGUCGCCAUCUUUGAUAGCACUUUCUUCCAAGGAUCCAAUUCUCACUGCCUUUGAACUCUCCUGGGAACUUCGCCGCCUAUCUUUCCUGGAACAUGAAUUUAAGGUCGAGUAUCAGGAACUAAGGCGGCAGUGCCAGGACUUUGCAACAGCUUUGCUGGACCACACGCGAAGUUCUUACGAGCUGGAAGUACUCUUAAACCACGACCCUACGGGACCUGCUUUUGAACACGGGGAGAGGAUGCAUCUGAAUCGAUUGAAACUGGCGAUAAAGCUUAGGCAAAAAAAGUUCGUUGCACAUCCGAACGUGCAGCAGCUCCUCGCAUCAAUUUGGUACGAGGGACUCCCCGGUUUCCGGCGGAAAAACAUGGUCCUGCAAGCACUGGAGACUGUGAGAAUCGGAAUUCUCUUCCCUUUUCUCAGUGUAGCUUAUAUCAUAGCCCCGCAUAGCGUGGUUGGCCAAACGAUGAGGAAACCCUUCAUAAAAUUUAUUUGUCACUCUGCAUCGUACUUCACUUUUUUAUUCAUGUUAAUUCUCGUCAGUCAAAGAAUAGAGAGCACAAUUGGUAAUUUAAUGGGACAUGACACUCCGGAAGACGAACCCACGAAGAGAGGGGCGGGUCCCACCGUCGUUGAAUGGUUCAUAAUAGCAUGGGUGUCUGGACUGAUUUGGUCGGAGGUGAAACAGUUGUGGGACGUUGGCCUCGAAGAAUACGUCCACGACAUGUGGAAUGUGAUAGACUUCGUGACGAACUCUCUUUACGUUGCUACAAUGGCGUUGAGAAUUGUAGCCUACUAUAGAGUGCAGGCUGAAAACGCGGGCCGUGAAGGAGGGAUGGAAAUUCACUUGCAAAGAGAACAGUGGGACACUUGGGACCCAAUGUUGAUCUCUGAGGGACUUUUUUCAGCCGCUAAUAUUUUUAGCUCUUUGAAGCUUGUUUACAUCUUCUCGGUGAAUCCGCAUCUGGGGCCGCUCCAGGUCUCGCUAUCCAGAAUGGUCAUGGAUAUCAUGAAGUUUUUUUUCCUUUACGUUCUAGUACUUUUUGCGUUCUCAUGCGGUCUCAAUCAGCUAUUAUGGUAUUACGCUGAUAUGGAGAAAAAGCGUUGUCCUACCGCCAGCAACGAUCCAUUCAAUGCCAAUGUAACUACAGAUUCCAACGCUUGCAUUGUGUGGAGAAGAUUUGCCAAUUUGUUCGAGACGACGCAGACCUUAUUCUGGGCAGUAUUUGGAUUAGUAGAAUUAGAAAGUUUCGAAUUGGAUGGAAUUAAGGUCUUCACGAGAUUUUGGGGUAUGCUAAUGUUCGGCACAUACUCCGUAAUCAACAUCGUCGUACUCCUGAAUCUCUUAGUCGCCAUGAUGAAUCAUUCCUAUCAGUUAAUUUCCGAUCGUGCUGAUACCGAGUGGAAAUUUGCUCGCAGCAAACUCUGGAUAAGUUAUUUCGAAGAAGGUGGUACAGUUCCUCCGCCAUUCAACAUAAUUCCAACACCGAAGAGUGUCUGGUACGUCGGUCAGUGGGUCUACCGUAAAUUAUGCGGACACAGACGCGCGGCAAAGAAGGAGCACAUGAGAACAAUCAGGCGAAAGGUGAAGCAGGCGUCAGAAAGAGAUUUCCGUUAUCAGAGUAUCAUGCGUAAUCUCGUGAGACGCUACGUUACCGUGGAACAACGAAAAGCGGAGGGCGAAGGAGUCACCGAGGACGAUGUGAACGAGAUUAAGCAAGAUAUAAGUGCCUUCCGAUGCGAGCUUAUAGAGAUCUUGAAAAAUUCCGGCAUGAAUACGUCAACUGCUUCGGGUGUCGGGGCCGGUGGUAGCAUUAACGCGCUGUCCUUAGGUGCGGGUGGAAAAAAGAACCGUCAGAAGGAACGUAGGCUGAUGAAGGGUUUCAAUAUCGCUCCUCAGCCGGGAGGAAGUGGCACUUUGCCACCCGUGGCAGAGUUCAUAGCUUCCUUGCAGCAGGCCCAUCACGAACAUCCUCAUCACGACCUUUUCGGGAGCACCCUGAGCGGAAUAUUUGGCCCGGGAACAACGCCGAAGAAACACCCUCAUCACACAAGUACCAACAGCGUUCCAGGUCUGACUUCGGGACCACGGCCAGCGAGAGGUCCGAGGGGAAGUUCGAGAAAAAGAAGAUGGGGAACGCUUAUAGAGGCUGCAAAAGUAGGACGAGUUUCCAGACUGAUCGGUCGGUCGCGAUCAGAGGAUUCCGUUUAUUCUCCUGGAUCGGAAGACGGUGGUUCUCGUUCCGAGGGAUCUUCCGAUUCGAAAUCAUCUCUGGACGCGGCAACGCCAGAUUCACACGCUCACCACCAAGUUCAUCACGCUCAUCAGCACGAGGUGCACCACAUGUUCGCUCACGGUUUUGGCCCAGCAUUAGCCGCUUUGAGAAAGAAGCGUAAAAAGUUUUCGGCAUCGCGAGCGUCGACACCGGUGAUGACGAGCAACCCGGCUCCGGUGGAAAGCGUCAUGCAUCCGAUAGCCGCUGCCCUUGCUUCGAGGGUAACAAGGAAACAGCUGCAAAGAGCGAGCAGCGUUCCAACGCGUGGACCGGACAUCGUAAUACCGCCGAUAACACCGCGGCGUCACGAGGUCACUCAAAGUCAGCAGCCCAGUUUGGACGUCGUUGAGAUGAUCACCGGAAACGAAAUUCAGGGAACCGUUGUCGGGACAGGUCAAUUUACACCGUCCGUGACGGAAGAAAGUGCGAUGACAACCGCGACCGGAAGUUUAGGGGCUCAAUUUUCGGCAACGAAGAGAAACGGCUCCGCCACGCAACUUCAACGAUUGCCAGGGAUCGAACCGAUCUCUGGACACGAUGUGUCAGCCGGGUGGCUCUGAAAUUCCGGAUCGGAUCGGCGGGGACUUUCUUCCAUUGAGGAGGUCCACGACGGUCCAUUGGCCAUGAAGCUACAACGAGAAACGAUGAGCUGAAGAGCCACGGCGACGGUAUACCUGCCUAUAUGUAUUCGGUAAUCACGCCACGCACAAUGAUGCCUUAACGUCGCGCGUCGAUAUCGCGUUGACCAGAGCAUUGCUGGCCCACGUUCUCUCACACCUAUGUUGGACUAAUAUUCGUCUGAAGUUUUUACUCGGCUACUUCCGUAAUUACGGGACUCGUGGAUGAGAAGUUAUUGAAAUUAUUGAGAGGCUACGAUUGAUCAGAAUUCCGAUAUACGGUUAGGUGCGUACGGUCAUGUAUGGAAUUCACCGCAAAGCGUAAUCUAGAUUCUUCGUUGAAUUUUGAGAGUUGCUGAUCCUGUCGUUUGCCCGGGUAUGAGUUUUCGCCAAAGAUUUCGCGAACCUUGUUCAAUACCGGUGACAUCCUAUAUCAGCUGAAAUCUUCGAUCGUUGAGAAAAUUCACGGGUGAACCUUCAAUCAGUUUCUUUUGUCGAAAAAAAAAACAAAUACCGGACUAAUAUGCAAUCAAUUUCUGCUAUUUACACUAAGAAUUCAAUAUUCUUAUAGAUUACGAAUGUGAUCGGUUACAGAACGAAUAACUUUCGUGUAGUUAUCUGUAAAGAAAUGGAAUACUUGAUGUAAAAAAGUGAAAAUUUAUAACUUAAUUGACUUGUAUUACUGCCAAAAAAAUUUCUCGUGGGCCAGCAUGAUUUAGCCUAGUCAGACACCCAUGCAGUUGAAUAUGAACAAUUAUUAUUACAAGUAUUAUAUCAUUAAUAUAUAUUAUUAUUACUAUUGAAAUUAUGAUUAUCAUCGUCAUUAGUGUUACUAAAACAAACUAUUCUGAAAUCACAGUGACUUUUGAAAUUAUGAUACAAGAAAAAAAAAUACAUAACAUCGUUUUCGCGAACGGAAAAAUCUGUGAUUGGUAAACUUAAUUUGCACGAGCAGCUGAUUGAUAAGGAACAAUUUUUUGAAAUAUUCGUUUUAAUCUACAUUCAUUAUUAUUUCUCGUAUUCCCACUCUCUCAAAUUGCAACUAUGUAUUUUAUAUUACCCCCCCUCCCUCCCUCCGAUGGCCCGUCGUUCGUAAGUCAGAUUUUCCUUUUUUUUCCAACAGAGAUAGAGAAGUAGAGCCAAAUAGUAAGAAAGAGAGAGAAAAAGAUGAAGAAAAGACGACAAUUUUUACAACGUGUACUAUUCUCAUAUCGCAAUACAUUGUUAGAAUGAUCUCCAUUGCACCUGACGCAUUCUGAGAUUUUUGUUCGGGAGAAGCGAAUGCAAAAACUUUAUACAAAUUACAUUUCAUUUGUCUUUGAUGUUUCGAUAGUAUAGAUUAAGAUCAAUGAUCGCCAAUUGAUGUAAAUUAUAUGAGGGUGGUACACGUUGAUAGGAAAAAAUAAACCUUGCGACCAAAACUUGUAACAUAGUAAAAAUUCAUACGUAGUAUAGAAAAAUACGAGUUUUCAUUAUAACUUUGGUCUUCGUUCUUAUUAUACGUGUACUUACCUACCCUAGUCACGCGUUAGGCGUCACAAGGCCGCGGUUGGGAUUCAAUCGGAUAACGGAUUCCUAAAAAAAUGUAACUAGUCAUCAAAACCAUAACAAUCUAGUCUAAAGCAUAACGCGUAUAGUCAUAAGUUUGAUUUUUUUUUUUUAUGAUACGCAACGGAGUUUGGGUGAUUCAAAAAUCGCGAAGUUUUUCCCAUAAUCCUAAUCGUGCGCUCAAGUAUACAUACCUGUACCUAUACCUAAACCUAUACCUAUUCUCAUAGCACUAUCACGUAUACAUAGUUAGAUAUUUAUAUGAAGAACUAAUAACUUUAAGUAUUUACCAGAAAUGAUAAGUCCCCUCUUUAUCUGGUACGCGAGUCGAACUGACAAAGAAGAAAUGACCUGCAUGGUCUAUUAUAUUCACACGUCUCAUUUACUCAAAACAUAGAUCUGUCAUCUAUACUAUUCGGUCAUCGUAGCUAAUAACGAUAAGUAAUAACAAUUAUUGUUACUAUUAUCAUUACGGUUAUCAUAUUGAUAUUAUUAGUUAUAAGAAUAAUGAUAAAACCUAUAAAUUCACCCGCUCGUACAACGAGAAAAUUUAUAUAUAUACAUCUAAUAGUCGUUUUGAACAUGUCAUCAACGCCCGUCCAUAAUAUGAGUUACAAAUUAGAAUUUAUUUAUCAAUUACCCACAUUUUAUUUCAUGUGUGUCAUGUAUGAGGAGAGUUGUUAACAAAUUUUUUUUUUUUCUCAAACAUCGCAACGAGAGAGCGAAUUCCAAUAUUCUUUGCAUUAUGAAAAUUACAUAGUGUUUCAUAAUCUUCGGUUCGCGCGUGCAAAGCAACAUGCGAGUGAUGAAUGCAUUUUAAUUUUCAGUACAGCUAUGUCAACGUCACACGUUCUCUGUUAUAGACGUUCCUAUUUUCUUGGUAAUAAUUAACACAUACCGCUUCGGGAGAUGACUCUUCGUGCGCUGAUGAUUAUCAGAAUGAAUUAAACAAACAAAAAGAAAAAAAAAAAAACUGAAAAAAUAAAAGUGUUACUACUACAUAUUGUAUAAUGAGAUAUGCGAGCUAUGUGCUGCGCGAUUUUAGUAAACAAUUAUAACUUUGCGUGUGAAAGUGCUUGAAAAGUAACCAUUUCAGUGUAAAUCAAAUCCUCAUCCUGAGACCAUUUUUCCUUAUCCCCUUCCACAUUUCUCGAAUUUCUCACACGAAAAGAAGUGAACGUAUAUUAAGACGAUGUUGAUGAAACAGAAAUUGAAAAAUUGAAAUAAAUAAAUUGAUCAGUUGUUAUGGUGAAAAACUGAUCAUUUAAUAAAUAUUAUUUAUUCUGAUAAA